CUUUAUUUUGAAACGGAGCGCAGGAGAAAUCGGAAGGAAAAAUCAGCUGGAAUCCACGGAAGUCCUUGACAGGACUAUUCCUUUCCUUAGCUAGCUGUUUAUUUGCCUGCCUGUGCUUUUCGCUGCCAUCGUUUUACUGUUUUAAACGCCACCCUGGCGAUGUCGGAGUCUUACGAUUUCCUGUUUAAAUUCCUGGUGAUUGGAAAUGCUGGAACAGGCAAGUCCUGCCUGCUGCACCAGUUCAUAGAGAAAAGAUUUAAGGAUGAAUCUAAUCACACAAUCGGUGUAGAAUUUGGCUCAAAGAUCAUCAGUGUGGUCAACAAAACGGUUAAACUGCAAAUCUGGGACACUGCAGGUCAAGAACGCUUCAGGUCUGUGACCAGGAGUUACUACAGAGGAGCAGCAGGAGCUCUACUCGUCUACGAUAUCACCAGCCGAGAAACCUACAACGCUUUGACCACGUGGCUGAGUGAUGCCAGGAUGCUGGCCAGUCAAAACAUCGUCAUCAUUCUCUGCGGAAACAAGAAGGACCUGGACGCUGACAGAGAGGUCACUUUCCUGGAGGCGUCGCGGUUCGCUCAGGAAAACGAGCUGAUGUUCCUGGAGACCAGCGCUCUUACGGGGGAGAACGUUGAAGAGGCGUUCAUCCAGUGUGCUCGUAAAAUCCUAAACAAGAUCGAGUCAGGGGAACUAGAUCCAGAGAGGAUGGGCUCAGGCAUACAGUAUGGCGAUGCUGCGUUGCGGCAGCUUCGUUCUCCUCGCCGUGCUCAGCCGCAGGGCACUCAGGAGUGUGGCUGCUAGUGGACUCUGCAUUUUACCAAAUAAAGGUUUAUGAAGAGCAAAAAAAAAAAAAAACAGCCAUGGAGGUCCUAACAGCGUUGGGUUGAGGUCGCUGUACUGUGACCCCUCCCAUGACCUUUGCACGGACCCUUCAGAGUCUUCAUUUUUUAUUUCUGCAUGUGCAGAAAGCUGAGAAGUCCUUCCGGUUCCCCUCCUCUCCCCUCCUGAGAAGGUAACCUCAGAUUGGCCUCCUAUCCAGCAGUCUGCUGCUUCACUGGACCAAACCCCCCCAAUCAUCCCAGACCAGGGUGUUAAACACUCGCAUGUGACUCCUGUCUUUGUCCUCACAAUGAUACCAUGUUCCCCUGGAUCCAGUCUGACCACCUUUACUCCCAGCCGUCUGUUUUAAGUAAACAACAUUUGAAUAAGUAGUUUGUUAGUGAAAUAGGAUGGCUUGGAUGUAAAUGCAUUAAAGUAUAACAGGAUAAUUUAAUACCAAGUCCUUGCAAUGGACAGAAAAACUCUACAACUCCUGUGCUACUGCACUCACCCUGAAGUUUUACGGUUUAAAUACUCCAUUACAUUAACACCUCCAUGGAUAACCUCCUCCUUUAACACUUCCUUUAUUAAAUAGGCUGUUUUUCCUCUUUCGCUGUACAGAUUUCUUGUAUAUAGAGACAAACGCAUGCUUUCCCAAACGGAGCAUUUUAUCAUUAGUAGAUAUCUCCUCUGUAUUAAAGUAGAAUCAUAUCCAGCAUCAUUUUUAUGGUCUACUGUAUAACUAAGCUGUAAAACACUGGUUAAUUUGCUCUGUGUUUGAAGGAUGGGUCUCCAUUUUAUCUAGUUUUAACUGUUGCGUAACACAUGAUCCCAACAGCUCAUGAUAACUGACUGAUCUCCCACUGAUAAGUGUUGCUCGUUUACAUGAAAAGCUAACUGACUGUUGCCAGCUGCUGGCGGAUAUUAACCAAUUGCAUAAAGAGUUUGGAUCCUUUCUGCUGUGUGCUCUAUUUAUGUUCAUGUUUUUAAGAGCUUUUUGUCAAACAUAUCACGUUGCUUUAAUCAUCAUCGCUUUAUUCAAGCCAUAACAAGCACCAGUACUCGUGCACACUACAGCAACCUUUGCCUCUUUAGUCCGUGGCAUCUGGUGGUGGCUCACAUCUGGUUGUUGUUGUUGUUUUUUGUGUUUUCUGUCAUGUCGUUUAAUUUAUAUGUAUUUCUGUUUCGUCAUUAUAAAAUAUAGGUUUUUAAUUUAUGAUAAAUGGCAUUUGUUUUUGAAAUAAAACAAACGACAAAUACAUUA